UUUGUCCAAAUGGCGUUGCCGUAUUAUUUCUGCUGCAGUGCUACUUCCGUGUACAUUUUGGCCAGCGCCUCACUAAUAAUUCUUAUCAAAUUGGUAUUGUUUAUACAGGAGCCUUGACUCCGUGCGGCCUGUCCCUCAAUUAUUGGACUAAAACGUAAUUGAUUACAUUUUAGUUUCCGGAGAAAAUCGUAUUCGUGUACGUUAAAGCUUCGCAAGAUAGCUUCGCUUAGCUUAGCUAGCUAACUGCGAACAAGGCGACGCAUUUUGCUGGAAGCGGAGAUCAAGUUUUGUACUUGCCGCGUGGCAAUGUGUGCAAUCAGUGUGAAAGAGGAGUACGAAGAGGAGCUAUGUCGUCUAAAAGAGAACGAUGGACAACGUCUAUUGUCAGACGCUGUAGUGAAGACUCCUCGAGUUGUGUCGCACAGAGCAGACCACACUAAAAAGCACCACGGUCCUCAGUGCCCUUCCGUUAAAAAAGAAGUAGAGGAAGAGUCCCCCCACAUUAAAGAGGAAGAAGAGCCUGAUCACAAAUGUGCUGGAUCACAUCAAGAUAGUCUCUUAGCUCCACAAUCAGAUUGUGACAUAUCGUCACACCCUUCUGACAGUGACACUGAUGAUGAACGCUCGAAAGGUUUCAUUAAUUACACUGGAACCACAUCCAGCGCUGGCAUUGGAUGUGGAAAGAAAGACAGAACUGCCACAGAAAAUGCAACUGCAAUCCCUGAAGUCGAUGAUGAAGACAACGAUGGGAUUGAUUCCUCCACUUCCACGAAAGAACUAUCCGUGUGCGAAAUUAACACCGAAGAGCCAGUUUGUCUUUCCCGGAAAGCGUUGGAUGCAGAACAACAACAUCAGGCAGAAACAGAAUCGUUUUCUUUCACUGAAGGGAAUUUUGAGUGUGAAAUGGUAAUUUUCUUGCAUAGACUUCGGACGGUGAAAAAAAGCAAAUCAGAAGCAUUGGAAAUUGUCGUACUUAUCCAAACAGUGGAUAAAAAGUCUACACACCCUUGUUCAAAUGCAAUUUUUUGUGAGAUAAAAAAAAAAAACUAAUGUGACAAUUUCGAUUUGGUUGAGAUGGAAAAUUUACCAAUGCUGUAUUUGCCUGUUUGAUGCAAGAUGUUUGUUUGUUGAGAUGAAAGUGUUCAAUAUUUUGCACCAUAACAAAAAAGAGAAUCUGAUGCCGUUGCUAUUUUUUAUGGUCUUCAUGAAAUCUUUGGUAGAGUUCGAGGAGUGGUCAAGUAAAUCUGACAUUAAGACAGGGGUCAUUCAUGGUGGAAAAAGUGUAGACAUGAUUUUUACACUCAUGUUUUUUUUUUUUUAAAUAUCAGAGUUGGCACUUGAACAAGGUUGAAUCAGGGGUGGUAAAAAAACCCCACUAAUUUUACUAUGAAUGAAGAAGCAUUUGCAAGCUACGGAAUGACACAACAAUUUUUUUUUUCCCAGAGGAGCAGAGUUCUCUCUCCCUGGAAAUGUUAGAUGAAGACCAGCAUCCGCCAGCAGAUUCAUUUUCUUACACUGAAGAGGCUUUCGUGUGUCAAAUGCACAAGCCACGGUCCAGAGAGAGCUUCCACAGCAGAGAGCUGCCACAGCGUCAGAGGGAUCUGAUAGUUGAAAGGUAUCAGUCGGGAGAAGGGUACAAAAAAAUUUCCAAGGCAUUAAGUAUACCAUGGAGCACAGUGAAAAGCGUCAUCGUCAAGUGGAGAAAAAAUGGCACCACGGUCCCGUUACCAAGAACCGGACGGCCCUCCAAAAUUGACGAAAAGACGAGAAGAGAACUGGUCAGGGAGGCUGUCAGGAGGCCGACGGCAACACUGAAGGAGCUGCAAGAAUUCCUGGCAAGUACUGGCUGUUCGGUACAUGUGACAACAAUCUCCCGACUCCUUCAUAUGUCUGGACUUUGGGGUAGGGUGACAAGAUAAGGGGUGAAACCUUUACGACUCAAGUCGUAAGUUCUCAUGUUUUUACGCCAAUGUUUACUUGAAGGUCCAUGCAAGUGUGUUUAUUUUGUUUGAUUGGGGUUGAUGGACAUCGGCUCUUUUGAUUGUUGGCGUGGGAGGACCAUCUCUUUAAGAGCAGAAUUGCAAUGACAAAAAGAGAACAGUAACCCUCGUCUACCCUCUUCCAACUGGCCGCACGAUGAAAAUUGUUUGUAAAUCAAACCCCCGGCUCAAUCAAGAAGAGGUGAACCAGCACUUUGAUAGUUUUCUUUGGAAGGAAGGUGAACAAAUUGUAUUUUGGUUGUGUAGCACUUUUCCAUCAAUUAUGGAAUUCAAAGCGCUUCACCUACUGAUGGCGCAGUAUGGGGGGUGUUCAACAUCUUGCUCAAGGACACUUUGACAUCGUCACAAGGGUCGGGGAUCGAACCCACAACCUCUACCCUGAUCCAUGCCACUCCCGUUGAGUGAGAAAUGUUUUUGUUUUUUCUCCUUGGUGCACCCUGAAUGAAAUCAUUUUUUGCAAAAUAAUAUAUCCAUGGUAAAACCAGGAAUAUUGUGAAUAAAUAUUUUUAUUUUA